AUGAUCGAACACCUGAAGAAGAGUCCCAACGCCGUCCGGGCGAGGGACGAGUCACUCCAGCUCGGCGUUGUCCUUACACACAUGCUCAACGGAUGCCUCUACCGCAACACCACAAAGACACCAUAUCCGCAGCUGGAGGCUGACGUCGCCAUGCACCAGGCCGAGGAUCUCAUGUCUGAGCAUGACGUCGAUGUCUACGACGACGAACGAUACGACUGGUCGCCCGUGGGUGACAAGCAAGGCCUGUUCCUCCUGGGCACUAUCGUCAGCGACCACGGGAGCUAUCUCACGGACAGACGCCGUGUGCUCGACGGCGACAUGUUGGCGCUGGCAUACAAGGCCGAGGACAUGCCCACCCUCCGUGGUUUGUUCGGCCAGACGGGGAUCCGGGUAGUCCCAUCCAAACGGAAUCCGUACCGAGUCCCCAAUCGCCAAACGCAGACGAGCUCGACGAUCAAUCACCGCACCGAACCCGUGCCUGAGCGUAAUCUCGGACUGGCGGACCGGGGCAUCCGGAUCGACAUCGCGAGCCGAGAAGGGAGGCCAUCGAUCGCGAGGAUGAACGAGGACGAGCGCCUCCAAGGCCCCAUCUCCGAAGGGAAGACAGCAUCGAUCGUUCCUGACGGUCACAGCAAUCGAGAAGGUGAACGCACCCGACAGGCUGUUCAAGUCGCCGGUUUUGCCGUUCACGCAGUGCCGCGUCAAUCACGUGGACGGAACAUUCUGGACGGGCAUAAUGUUCGACCGGUAUUUCCCGCCGACACACACCACCAUCAACCAUCGCUGCAGAACUACGUGCAGUGUACGUACUGGAAACAGUGGUCGGCGCUUCUGGCUAAGCACGACGAGGUGGACAUCCCCGCGCUCCGCCGCGCGCUGCUGGGGCUGUUCAACCAAAUGCUCUGGCUGCCGCAGCCUGAGAAUGACCGGAUCUGGAAUACGCGUCAGGCCGGCGCCUCAUCGGCAAAAGCCGUGCCCACCGGGAGCCGAGGCCCGGCUCCCAUUCUUGCCGUAAAUCCGUUAGUCUACAAGGGCGAGCGCUGGGUGAUCCGGAGCAUGUCAUCCGACGAAGAGCAAGCGGACAGGGAGCAGGCGGCGAGGGAUGAGAGGAUUAGGCGUCGCGAGGAAGAGGAGGAGUCGUCGGAAUGA